AUGGCAGAAUUCAACAAUGUCCAUUCAGUGACUGAAAUGCCAGAAGGAGAUGAUGCUAAACGCAGUUUCCAUCACAGAAUGUUCUUGGAACCCCGAGAGAAGAAGAGGAGCAUGAAGGCUCUGGUGGUUAAGCAAGCAAAGAAAAGUUGUAGCUGCACUCCAGCCAAAGUUAAAGACUGUAUUUUCAGUUUCUUUCCUGUCUUGCAGUGGCUUCCUAAAUACAAACUGAGAGAAUACCUACUGGGAGACAUAAUGUCUGGUGUGAUUGUGGGGGUCUUACUAGUCCCUCAGUCAAUUGCAUAUUCUCUCUUGGCUGGACAGGAGCCUAUUUAUGGCCUUUAUACAUCCUUUUUCGCUAGCAUUAUUUAUUUCAUGUUUGGAACCUCCCGCCACAUCUCAGUUGGCAUCUUUGGUGUGCUUUCCCUGAUGGUGGGACAAGUGGUGGAUCGUGAAGUAGAGCGAGCUGGCUAUGACUUAGAGCCAGCUGCGCUCAGUGUCCUCACAGGUACAGCAGCAUAUGUAAACACCACCGUUUCACCUGUGAAUCAGACAUUGCAGAAGCUGCCCUGUGAUAAAAGCUGCUAUGCAAUUACAGUGGGAGCCACCAUGACCUUCAUAGCUGGAGUUUAUCAGGUGGCCAUGGGUUUCUUUCAAGUGGGCUUUGUCUCGGUAUACCUCUCCGAUUCAUUGCUGAGUGGAUUUGUCACAGGUGCCUCCUUCACCAUCCUAACCUCACAAGCCAAGUAUCUCCUGGGCCUAGACAUUCCACGGAGCAAUGGCAUUGGCUCCCUCAUAGUCACGUGGAUAAACAUCUUCAGAAACAUACACAAAACCAACAUCUGUGAUCUCAUCACCAGCUGCUUAUGCUUUCUUGUACUUAUUCCAACCAAAGAGUUUAAUGAACAUUUUAAAUCCAGGCUCAAGGCUCCAAUGCCGAUUGAACUAGUCGUGAUCGUGGCGGCUACUCUGGCAUCUCACUUUGGGAAGCUGAGAGAGACUUACGGCUCGAGCGUUGCUGGACACAUCCCAACUGGGUUUCUGCCACCCCGCCCUCCAGACUGGAACCUGAUUCCUAAUGUGGCUUUGGAUGCUAUCCCCAUAGCUGUUAUUGGCUUUGCCAUCACUGUCUCCCUCUCAGAGAUGUUUGCCAAGAAGCAUGGUUACUCUGUGAAGGCCAACCAGGAAAUGUAUGCCAUUGGCUUCUGCAACAUCAUUCCCUCUUUCUUCCAUUGCUUCACAACAAGUGCAGCUCUUGCCAAGACUCUUGUCAAAGAGUCCACAGGCUGUAGGACACAAAUGUCUGGCAUGGUGACUAGUUUGGUAAUCCUAUUAGUCCUCCUUGUGAUUGCACCUUUAUUUUAUUCCCUUCAGAAGUGUGUCCUUGCUGUCAUAACCAUUGUAAACCUCAGAGGAGCCCUGCGGAAGUUCAAGGACCUGCCAAAAAUGUGGCAUUUGAGCAGAGUGGACACAGUGAUUUGGCUAGUUACUAUGGCAGCCUCAGCACUCAUCAGUACUGAGAUUGGGCUUUUGGUUGGUGUUUGCUUCUCUAUGCUCUGUGUCAUUUUCCGAACUCAGAGACCGGAGGCACCGCUGCUUGGCUGGGUGGCAGAGUCUGAGACGUACGAGUCCCUGUCUGCUUACAAGAACUUGCAAACCAAGCCAGGAAUCGUGGUGUUCCGUUUCGAAGCGCCCCUCUACUACAUCAACAAAGAGUGCUUUAAAUCCACCCUCUACAAGCAAACUGGGGUCAACCCAGUCUGGGUGAAGGCGGCAAAGAAAAAGGCAGCAAAAAGAAUGCUUAGAGAGAAAGAGGUGGAUUCUGGUGGCAACCAGACCAGCAUCUCCAUGGAUUUUGUCUCUGAACCUCUGGGGUUUCACACAAUAGUGAUUGACUGUUGUGCAGUACAGUUUCUGGACACGGCAGGAAUACGCACGCUCAAAGAGGUCUGCAAGGACUACAGGGAGAUAGAUGUCCAGGUGCUACUGGCCCAGUGCAAUCCUUCGGUGAGGAGUUCCCUGAUCCGAGGAGAAUUCUUUCAAGAGGGGGAGGACCACCUUCUCUUCCACAGUGUGCACCAGGCUGUGGACUUUGCAUUGGGUGCCCAGGAGCAUGGUGGGACCAGCACUUCUAAGAACUAG